AUGUACGAAUGUGGCACCUGUGACUUCAAGUUCCGCUACCAAGGGGAGUGCGACUCCCAUAUGGACUAUUACGACCAUUGGGUGGAAUGUGAGACCUAUCCUCCCGAGGUCGACAGUUUCGCACUGAGCGGAGCGGAGCGGGGCCUUCCGCUAAUACGCCAUCCUAGCUCGGUGUGCCGCUGCUAA